AUGUCUCUCCCCACCACCCGCCGCAUCGUGACCGGCCACGACAGCACGGGAAAAUCAAUAAUCGAGUCCGACAUCACCCUCACACCCGCGAACCCGCUGGACGCGACGGGCGCGUCGCCGACGGGCAUCAUCCCGGGCUUCACCAACAUCUUCCGCACGGCGGGCUUUCCGGCCGCGAACGUGCAGGGCCCCUGGACCGACGUACACGGCAAGAAGAUCGGCCUGGUCGACCAGGCGGGCGUGUACUGCCGCAUUGUGGAUUUCCCAGCCACGGGGCCGGAGACAAAGGAUGACGUGAAUAUCAUGCACCGCACGCAGAGCGUCGACUUUGGCGUCGUCCUCAAGGGCACCAUCACGCUGAUUCUGGACGAUGGGUCCGAGACGGUCAUGAAGGAGGGGGAUGUCUGUGUCCAGAGGGGCACGAAUCAUUCAUUGACCACAUACAUCCUCCCCCACCCCAUAUUUUAUGGCUCCCACCUCAUCAUCAUCAUCAUCAUCAUCAUCAUCAUCAUCAUGACCACGCCUCCUUCCCACCCCUACUUCUAUGACUCCGAUCACCACAAUGCACAGAAUCGCUCAAUCUCCAAGUUUUCCCCUUCGCCUUUGUUUUGA